GGCCAAACUCCUUCCACUUGGCACGAAUCAAACAGCGCAAAGAAGGAAAGAGAUGUUUGUGUCGUUGAAACCAUGUAAAGCUCAAGAAAAGGCAAAAGUCAGGCCCAGCAGCAAGAAUGUGUCCAGCAGUGAUGGUCAGUGGCCGUUACGUAAUAGUUCAGAAUGGGUGCAUUCCUCCGCAGCCCAUUUUGAUGGAACACUGCUGUUUGAUGGUAGGGGGGAACGACUGGGAUAUUCAUGUGAAAUGCCGGCCACAUUUCAAUCAACGUAAGAAAAGUAAAAAGUGGCGAAAUAUUAAAGAAGUGUAUCCUGAUGCUAAGGUGGAGACAAAACAUAACGAUAUCCGGCUGACGUUGCCAGUGCUAAGACAAAGUCUCGAAGUGGCAGCCUUUGGAAUUCCAGGAAAAGAUGACCAGAAGCGAAUGCAAAUGGCGAUCUUUGGGAAGGAGCCAACCAAAGCCUGUAACUGGGAUAUCCGAGUUUAUCUGAUAGAUGAUUCCGAAAUGGCGUUCAAGCAGAUUUGCAAGAAAGUAGAAAAUGAAGAAAUGAAAUUUUUGACAACACUGUCCAGCUUGUUUGUAUCCAACAGUGAGAAAGAUAUCAGCAUAGAGGUUACUGCCGUGGCUUCAGGGUGGCACAUCAUAGGGGACUAUAAGAAAGGGAUAGCUUCAAGAAGUGCCUGGAAUUCCCAAGAAAAUACCACAGAUUUUCCCCGUUGUGAUUUUUGUGUGAGUCACGAUGAUAUAAAAGAACGGCAGUUCUUCUGUAAAAUGAGAGCAACACACGAAAACGACAGUGCUGGCAACGAGAUUGUGGCCUUUUUCCAACAGAAAAGUGAUGCCAAGAUCAACAACCCAACUGAAAAGAAGUUCAAGAACACGCCGAAGAUGAACUGUUCAAAAGAAUUUAAUGCUACUGGAUGAAGUCUCUGGAACGGAUUGUCAUUUUACAGCUUCCUACCAAGCCUCGCAGCUUUGUAUUAACAUUAUGAUUUCCACCGUCUAGACACGCUCUCGAAUCUCUAGAGAUAACAAAAAAGGCAUCCAAUUAAAUGGCAAAAAGGACGGAUCUAAACUGCUUUGAAUUUAUCUUUGCCAAGUUGGAAAAAUAGCUAAAAAAAACUUAGAUAUGGAAUGCACGAGGCAAAUUAAAACGCAGUGGUUAAUUUUCUUUUUCUGCCAAUUUUAGGGACCAAGCCUAAUACCUCAUUUAAAUCUCUCAGAAUCUUACAGGCAGUCAAUUAAAAGCCAAAGAUUUCCAGCCGUCGAAAGUUUUCUUGUUUGACUUUUGUUUGACAACUCUCUUCUAUGUUUUUCUUCCUUUUUCUUUUUUGUUUCUUUGUUUUUUUGUUAUUAUAAUAAUUUUUUUCAAUUUACCGCCUUAUUUUAUCUAUACAAAUUAUAUACAGUGAACCCCGUUAACUCGAAUUGCCAAGGGAAACUGAAAUUACUUCAAAAAUAAAAUUCUGGAUAAUGAAAAAGUCCCUAAAAGUUUUUGCCUUUCACCCUUUCGAAAGUUACAGUUAUCAGGAAAACUUAGUAAAGCUGAAAUGUAUAAUGUGUGAAUUCUGAAAUAAUAAAGGCGUUCUGCAAAAG